ACCACCAACAUUUGCGGCAGCGAACAUUGUUAGGUCGCUUUAGUUAUUUUUUAUAUUCUUCUCUCAGUUAAACCCUGAUUAUUACGCGCACUGAUCAUCCUGCUCUCCAAAGCCCAGAAGAUGCCCAAAUCUCCACCGUGCGCGUCCCCAUGGUCCUCCAUGUGGCUGGCAUCUUUGGCUACUUUGAUGGUGCAGUCGGUGCUCUCUUCCUCCUACUCGUCUUCCUCCUCCUCCUCCUCCUCAUACCAGAGAGCUGCAGCCGGUGGGAAGCGACCGGGCUUCAUGGAGAGGACGCUGGUUCUUCUGGAUGUCAACACCCGCAGUCCGAUUAGAGUCCUCAACGACAACUUCCUUUCUUUGCAGCUGGAUCCCUCGAUCAUCAAGGACGGGUGGCUGGACUUUCUGAGCUCCAAGCGGCUCGUGACCCUGGCGCGCGGCCUCUCCCCUGCCUUUCUGCGUUUCGGUGGAAAGCGGACAGACUUCCUGCAGUUCAACAACCAGAAGAACCUCGCUAAGUUCAGAGGCCCGGGACCGGACUAUUACCUGAAGAACUACGAGGACGAUAUAGUGCGCAGUGACAUUGCACUGGACAAGCAGAAGGGCUGCAAACUGGCCAGCCAUCCUGACAUAAUGCUGGAGCUGCAGAGGGAGAAGGCGGCCACCACACAGCCUGUCCUGCUGAAAGAGCAACUGAGCAACAUCUACAGCAAUAUAACAAUAACAGCCAGGUCUUUAGACAAACUGUACAACUUUGCCGACUGCGCUGGACUGCACCUGAUCUUUGGGCUUAAUGCGCUGCACAGGAACCCAGACAACUCCUGGAACACGUCCUCCACCCUGAGCCUCCUGAAGUACAGCGCUGGCAAAAAGUACAAUAUCUCGUGGGAGUUGGGCAACGAGCCUAAUGCCUACCGCAGCAUGGUGGGUCGGGCGGUCAACAGCACCCAGCUGGCUCAGGACUACGCAAAGCUGCGGACCCUGCUGCAGUCUGUGCGCUACUACCACCGUGCUCAACUCUACGGCCCCAACGCAGGACGUCCCCGGAAAAACGCCAUCUUGCUGCUGGAUGGGUUCAUGAAGAAUGCUGGCUCUGUUGUUGAUGCAGUUACGUGGCAACAUUAUUACAUGGAUGGCAGAGUGAACAAAGCAGAAGACUUCCUAAAAACUCGUCUGUUGGACACACUGACCGAGCAGAUAACUAAAGUCACCAAGGUGGUGAACACACACACUCUUGGUAAGAAGGUGUGGCUUGGUGGACUGGGGCCGGCGUGGGCUGGAGGCAGCAGUAAUCUCUCUGACACUUAUGCUGCUGGCUUUCUGUGGGUGAACACAUUGGGCAUGGCUGCUGUACAGGGGAUAGAUGUCGUGUUGCGUCACUCCUUCUUCGACUAUGGAUACACGCACCUUGUGGAUCAGCACUUUAACCCUUUACCUGAUUACUGGUUUUCUCUAGUGUUCAAGCAUCUGGUCGGUCCGAGAGUUUUAGCGGUGCGGGUGGCUGGACUACAGAGGAAGCCACAGCCGGGACGAGUGAUACGAGACAAGCUGCGAAUCUACGCCCACUGUACCAGCUACUACAAUCAUAACUACGUGAGAGGCUCCAUAACAAUCUACAUCAUCAAUCUGCAUCGGUCGCGAAAGAAAAUCAAGCUGGCGGGAACAUUACGGAACAAAACUGUCCAUCAGUACCUGCUGCAGUCUUACGGCACUGACGGACUCAGAGCUAAAUAUGUCCAGCUGAACGGGGAGAAGCUGCUAAUGUCGGACAAUGAGACAUUCCCAGAGUUAAAGCCUAAAACGCUGAGGGCUGGACGGACCAUAACUUUGCCCCCCACAAGCAUAGGCUUUUAUGUCAUCAAAAAUAUCAACGCAUACGCCUGUCGGAGAUAACACCAACCCCUGAUGAUGCUCAGAGGUCAAUUAAACCGCUGAGCCUCGACUAAGAGGCUCUUCUUAUUUAGUUUUUUUUUGCCUCUUAUGUUUAGGGAAACAGAAGGAGGUCAGAAUUAGGAGUGGGGUUGUUUUGUGUUUGGCUCAAGGACACCGACAGCACAGUGGACACAUGGCUUGAAUACAGCACAAUCCUCUGGUUUAACAACAGCUUCUUCAACCGUUACUUUUUUUUAUUGGUAACAUUUCUGUCAGAGAUUAACAUGAACCCAUUCCUUCCCGUGUUUCUUCUCUUCUCUGGUCCAGUGAAAGGAAAAAAAGAAUAAGAAUUGCCCAAGACACACAACACGGGCUGCACUGAACACUUUUCUCUUGUUUUCACCAGCAAUUCCUCAGCUACACGACAGCAUGUAGAGACAGUGGUUAUCAUUUUGUGCCUUUGUUUGAAGUUUGUGUUUUGGGAGUGUCUUUUUGUAAAGUGUUCACAAGAUGUUCUUUGAGUUGAUUAAGCUAUAUUUUUUUUCCACUCAUUGUCAAAUCUAUGGUUUCUUUUUUAUCCGUGUCUGCCGAGAGUUUUUCUUUUCCU